AGUGUGUUGCCAGCAGUGGUUGGAGGUAGACGGUGCUACGGCGCUCUCUCCUUCCUCACUCUCUACCUCUUCCCGUUUUCCAUUCUCUCAGCCUUCUGCCACUCUAGAUGGACUUAUUUCAGUGAUAACACGCCGUGCAAGGAUGGUGGCGUAGUUGUAUGAUCGUUGUGAUGAUAAACUUGGAAGUGAAAGUUUUACUGAGACGUAUUUCAGGUGGUGCUUACCUGGUGUGAUAAAAAGACGGAAGUUUGGUAACAAUGGAGAACUCUGUAAAUAAAAGCAUCGGUGAUGGCAAGGAACAUAUUGAUACCAACAACAACAACAGUAACAACAAUUGCAUCACCACCAGAGGCGCCGGAAAUAACAACAUCAUGAUCAACAACAACAACAACAAUAACAUCCACAACAACAACAACAGCAUCUUCAAAACUACCACCGUCACCGACACCGACACCAGCAGCAGCAGCAGCAGUACCACCACCACCGCCACCACUACCGCCACCACUACUACCACCAAAAACAACAACAGCAAAGACAUCAAAAAGGACGACGGCGAUGAUGACUACAACCCCAUAGACUGCCUUCCUGUCGGCAGCUUCUCGGGCCUGGCCGCCACGGUCUCGGCGGGAUGUGGGGGCAAAUACCAGUUGCGGCCCAGGUCUCUUCAGGCGCGGCGCCGCUCGGACAGCGAGUGGAGUAUCCAGGACACGCUGCAGCACAAGCCUCGGCCGCCGCCGCUGUCCCGCUAUCGCAGGAAGACGGCCAACGCGCGGGAGCGGUACCGCAUGCGGCAGAUCAACACAGCCUUCGAGAGCCUGCGGGGCGUCCUGCCCUCGUGGGUGUGCAGCCGCCGUGCCGCCGCCGACAUGACUAAAAUCACCACGCUGCGCCUGGCCUCCGCCUACAUCAGGUCCCUGCAGGACAUCCUAGAUGGCAACGCCCCCGAGGACACCUGCUCCUGGGUGCUCUCCAGCAUCCUGGGGGAGACUUCAGACACCAGUGGGCCUCAGCCUGAGUCCACCAAGACCCAGCACACGCCUCUUGGCUCUCAGCAAGACUCAGACUUUGUGUCGUUAUUGUGUAGCUCCUCAGACACUGGAGUUUUUCAGGAAAACUUGGACUCUUUAUCAUACUUGUCUCCAAUGUCAGAAACAGAAGCGAUGGCCCUGCUUCUGGGAAGUGACCCACCUCGGGGCUGGAGCGAUACCCAUCACACACAGCUUGUCACUUAAUUAAGGUCAUCAGGGCUGUCCCACCGCAGCUCUGUAUAUACUUUUAUUGUCAAAUCCCCUGAAGCAUUCACUGUACUUAUAAGUACUUUUAAUCUGCAUCAUCGGUAAAAUGGUCGUUAUAUAUAGAUACGUAACUUAUAAAUAGUAUUUGUUAACUAAUUUAUUUUCGAAGUCAAGACAAUAAUGAAGUUUUUCCAUAAGAUAUUUUUAAUCGUAAUUAGUAUGGUUGAUUGAGUGUGAGGCCCCUGUGGCCUUGCCCUGGCCCUGAUUGUGUCGCCAACAGGAACGCCGCCACCACAGAGUUAUUGUGCCACGACAGCCAAUCUCCCUUGUCUCGUUGUCAUGACAAGCUGUCGUGGUCACUAGCGCGGCCUGUUAGGUGUUGCGUGCCAAGACUCGGUGACAGAAAAGUGACGAUAACAUUGGUUUUAUAUAAUCUCGGCAAUCGUGCAACGCCCUCAGCCCCGCCAACAGCGCCUCUCGUUCCUUGUGGUCUGUUCGUGCUGGGCAGAUUAUUUAUUAUAUGCACCACAGAUGCACACAGCACAUCAAGUUUAACAUAACAUAAAAUAGAAAAUGAGAAACAGUGAAGCAUAUUUAACACAGCAAUUAUAUUGCUGACGCUUCAUCGAUCUUUUUCCAUUCUUAGCUCCAUUAAGAAAACACGUCCUAGACACCCAGCUCUGGCCGCAGCCAAACCUUAGCCUUCUGACUGUGUGUGCAUGGACUUGCAUUCCAGAGGUUGUAUAGUUAAAAUAUUAUGUUAACGAAGUGAUUCAGGGGUACCGGCAUCGCGCCUCAAGAAGGUGACGGAGUGUUGAGGGCUGAGGGGGCGGAGGGAGUAUGUCCCUAUGUGGUGUUAGACACUCUCCACAUUAUUAUAUAUUUACCUGGUGUGUGUGUGUGUUUGUGUGUGUGUGUGUGUGUGUGUGACAGAGAGAGAGAGAGAGAGAGAGAGAGAGAGAGAGAGAGAGAGAGAGAGAGAGAGAUUCUAGUCAUUAGGUCAUUAGGGUGUGAUUUUCUUCCAUUCUGCAGGCGUGGUCACCUCUAAAGACCUGUCAAAUAACAGACCUUUCCUUUCGUGUCUCCUCCAUCAUUCACUUGUUUGUUGUCGUGCUUCCUUCGCUGUCACUGUCCAUCUUGUGCGUGUCUUAGUUUUCUGGUAGUUCUUUACGCGUUGGAAGAUGGUAUGAGAUUCCAUUUGUUCUAACAGACAGUGUCAGUUCACUAUCAAUUAUCUUCUACUGAUAAUGACAGCCACUUAUAUGUAAUGCUUUUUCCCAUUUGUUCCUCGAAUACUGUCUCGGUAAUGAUAUAAAUCAUCACAGACCUAUUUUAUCCUAUUUUCAAUACUUCAAGAAUGUAAAGGUUUCCAUCUUGAAUAUGUGCCA